AUGGCGGCGCGGGCGGCGCUGGAGGUGGCGGCGGCGGCGGCGGCGCGGGACGUGGUUCUGUACGAGCACGACCGCGGCCGCUUCUUCCGCCUCGUGGGGCUCUUCUGCGCCAGCCAGGGCCUCUUCUGGGCCUACCUGGCGCACUUCGCCUUCACCUCACUCCGCCCGGUGCCCGCUCCCGCUGCCGGUGCCGGUGCCGAUGACCCGCUGCGCCCCCGCGACAACAAAUGGCGCUGGUUCACGGCGUCCUGCCUCACCGUCGGCUCGCUGACGGUGGCCGCGGGCUGGCUGCUGCCGCUGCGCUCGGUGGCGCGGCUGACGCUGCUGCGGGGCGGGGCCGCCGUGACCAUCGGGACCCCGGGGCCGCUCGGCAUCGGGCACCGGACGCUGACGGUGCCGCUCCGGGACGUGAGCGGCGCCGCCCACCGGAGCGAGGCCGCGGCCGCGGUGCCCAUCCGGGUCCGGGGCCGCCCGUUCUUCUUCCUGAUGGACAAACGGGGAAACCUCCGGGAACCGCGGCUCUUCGAUGUCACCGUGGGGGCGGCCAGGAAGCUCUAGGGACACCGGGACACCGGGGGGACACCGGGACACUGGGGGACACCGGGACAUGGAGGGGACCCUGGGGGGACACCGGGACAAUGGGGACAUGGGAAGAACAUGUGGUGGUGGCACCUCCUGUCACCCAGUGUCACCUGACGUCACCUGCUGUCACCUGUGGUCAACGUCCUGUCCCCCGGUGUCCCCUCCCACCCCCGUACAGCACGGCCGUGGGGACAGCGCCGUUGUCCCAGCCUGUCCCAAACUGUCACAAACUGUCCCCUGUGACCCCCAAAAUAAAUUGGGGACCCCCCCUCUCUGACGAGGGGAUUUUUGGGGGUCCCCACCAGGAUUU